UCCACCAGAGUGUUCUCCGGAUUCGAAUAGGAAUCAGUGCGCGGAUUCGAAGCCUCAGCCUCGGAUCUUGAACUUUUUGUGCUUCCUCGAGAAUUAUAUCAGUGUUAACGAAUGCCAUCAUAUUGGGAGGUGCCUUUCCUAAGGAGAAGAAGAAGAAGAAGAAGUCGUCGUAUUUGCAAAGUCACACGUUGAGCGGACAAAGGCGUAUAGUCUAACACGUGCUCCGGUUGAUCAUACGGAGCGAGCAGGAUGACAAUGGAAGAUCGCACGGGUGGCAUCGACCGUGCCGCCCCCGCUACAUCGACUACGGCGACAACGGCACUUUUAACGUCGAGUAGUCCGUCCAUGAUCAGUGAUGUCACGUCGGAUGCAUCUUAUCCUCUCCAACGUGCCAGUAAGCGUUCCUUCGACGUAGCGUUUCUCGUCGCACCUGACGAAAAUCUGGCCCGUAGGCAGAGCGAAAAGCUCCGAUUAAUUUCUGGUAGAAAGGAUCGUACGAGAGAAUCCGUAUCAUUGGAUAAUUCUUUGGAUGCCGAUAGAUUGCCACAGAAUUUGACUAUAAAGCAUUACGACAGCGACUCUAGCUCGCAGGAGAGACGAAGGCUGAUGCAUUGUACCGAAAAUUCUCUGAGUCCACCGUAUGUAUCUCCGAGAACGUUAACACCGACAUUGCCGGACAUCGAUUCGCGAAGAUACGUUCCUACUCGACAACAAAAGAGUCCAAGCCCACCUGGAUUUACAGCACAACAAUCAUUACUAAAUACUUGCUCCGAAUCAUUGGAUCCAAGUUUAACAUGCGGCAAGGUUUACGAUAGCAGCUUGCAGUGUCCCGUGGAAAGGCACGGUGAAUCCAGAAGCGCUUUCACGAAGGUUCAUCUUGGUAGUCAAAGAAAUGGAUUUAGCGACGACGGACAAACUUCGCCAAGAUCGUCGAUCUCACCGGACGAUCGAAGGGAAGGCUAUCAAGAGAGCAUCAGUCCUCCGGUCGUUCCUCUGGCAAGUGCGACCACUUACAAAUAUACCAGUUUUCCCAGCAAAAUGACGUAUCCCUUUUUGGUCGGUCCCGAAGCAACGGCCAGUCAGCCUAGUCUCCUGGAGAACUUGAAAAUUCCUCAAAUAGCACAACCGCCGAAAGUUCCAAGCCCAAAAGUGGCAACUUUUCGGCCGGAUCUUCCACCAGUUUAUCCGAAUCUUUCGUACAAUCCUAUAUCCGUUUUUCCACCAAUGGCAGAUGCUUUGACAAGGCCAAGGUUCUUAGCCACUGCUGCUGGAGUCGCUGGCCUUUUACCACCGUCCUUCGCUGCUUUGACAUUGCCCGCGCAAAAUGUUUGCGCCAAGUGCAAUCUUUCCUUUCGUAUGACAUCUGACCUGGUAUAUCACAUGAGAUCUCAUCACAAGAACGAGAACUCUGGGGAAGCUGCUCGUAGGAGGAGAGAAGAAAAAUUGAGAUGUCCUGUUUGCGACGAAAGCUUUCGCGAGAGACAUCAUCUAACAAGGCAUAUGACAGCUCAUCAAGAUAAAGAGAGCGACGCUAUCGUUGAUCAGGUUGAGGUCAAACGGCGUACCACCACCGUUCACAGCAAGUGACGCCGAAAAUCCUCACCCGAUGACGAUUUACUUCCCAGCGGAUAUUCUUUCGAGAAUUGACGCUUCUUUUUUAAUCCAAUUAACAGACCAAAAAAUAACGUCGAUCGUCGAGGAUCGUUGUGUAUCAUCUCGUUUCGUCUUAAACAAAUAUUUCCGAGAUUUCGUGCAAUCCCAUUUUUUUUUGAUUUUUUGUUUUUUCAGUUCUUAUAAAUAAAAUGAAAAAUCGAACGCGCACUUGACGUAUUUCAUCGGGUUAUUAAUCUUUGUUCGAAAUAUUACGUAGGAUCGUUCUGUUAAAAAUGGUUUUUUCUAUUGUUUCGUUCCUUCGUUAAUAAUUUCGUUCGAUAUUAGUCGAGACAGUGGUACGUUUCGUGAUAUUGUUUCGUCAGUGUGUUAAAGGUAUAUAUGUAUAUAUUAAGACACUGUCGAUCUCAAUUAUGAUUUAAAAAAAGAAUAGACUCUAGUCGAUAAUUUUGUGCAGCUCGAAAAUUAGAACGUAGAUCGUUCGACAAUUGAACUUUGUCUCCACUUUAAAUAACUUCGCACAUUCUUCGUAACGCACAUAUAAAGUAAAGCACUUUACGAAAUUUGUGUCGUAUACAUACAUACAUAUAUAUAUAUAUAUAUAUAUAUAUAUAUAUCUACCAAUGCGAAAAGUAAUCACUAUAGAUAUAUUAUAACCAAUCAAAUCUAUCUUACAAUCCGCGGUAAAAAAAAAAGAAAAAAAAAGAAAAGAAAAAAAUGGACAUUCCCUCUCUAGUCAAUAUUAGGUAGGAAGAAUUUGUAAAUAUCUUUGUCGAUCACAAUUUAACUGUCAUACACGUACCUAUCUUGAUCGCAUAUCAAACGUGCGAUAGCACUCCGAUAACACACAUUUACCAAUAUUUAAAAAACUAACAUAUGCAUACAUAUAUCUGAACCGUACUAUCGACAAAAUUAAAAAUGGACAAAGAAAUCGAUUAUGUUCCUCUUAAGUAUCACGAAUGGACAGGUGAAUGGAGCGAAAGGGUUAUAGUAAUAAAGUCUGUUUCGGAGUAUGUUCGUAUUCAGGAAUGGGGGAGGGAGGUGCAACGAUGGUGGCAAUAAAUAGAUCCGUAAACCGUAUCCCGCGUCACACACAAACCGUCGGAGCGCGCAUAAUGGUAGGAAACAAUGAAUGCCGUAAUCGGAAACAGUGCCGGUUUGUUAUCUGCCAUUUACACUCCAUUUAACUUCAAACAGUGAAUCGGCCAGCGCAGGAUUCGCGUUUUAAAUACACGCGACCUCCGAACCCACCACCUCCUCCUCUUCAUCCUCCACCACCACCCUCUCCUCCUCUAUUUCUCUUCCACUACCUCCUUCCUCUUCCUCCCUUUAGAUUUACCCUUCGAGCCGGCGCGUCGCGCAUCGCCUCGCCCUUUCGUAUCCAUUCUCCACUGUUACGAGCUUAACGCAGGGUUAAGCGUUGUCCUCGACCAACGAGUAUUUAGUAAUCGUGUGAAAUCGUUGGAUUAUCGUCGUUUUCGCACUCACCUUACCUUUCGUCAAUUUUUCUUUAUUUCUUUCAUUUCUUUUUUCCUCUUCUUUUUCGUUUUUUUUUUUUUCUUUUGACUAUGAAAUUGAUUCAUUGAAGAUUAUAAAUUAGCAAAUCAUAAUCACGGAAGAAUUGGUACAAUAAUAAUCUUUCUCUCUGUUUCAAAAAACUAAACUAUGUAAAAAUGUAUACUAGAUCGUUCGAAAAUUUUUACGACGUUGUAGGAACUAUUCUCGGAGUUUUCAUAAAGUCGUAUCGUACGGUCAGAUUCAUUCGUAAGAUAUUAUAAGUAAGAUUCGAGUAAGUAUUAUCUACAGUAUUCUGUACAGCAAUAAUCACAGUAGCGUGUAAAUAUUCGCAGUAGAAUUCUUUAUUGGGUCUCUAGCGACAGAUAAGUCGAUGAAAAUUACAAGGUACUUCACAAAUAAAUCGACGUUGUAAUCAUACGAUACUUCAACAUAAAAAUCGUUUCACGUGUCUAAUUCAUACGAAUUUAUCGAAAUAAUCUAACGUUUCCCUGACAGGCACUUGUUAGAGUUACGGAUAAGGUGAUAGAUAUU